AGACAUUUUGCAUUCCUGGGGAGGGGGGGCGGUUAUUCUAGAUUACACGAGUGGCCAACGUUGGGCUGAGUCGAAGACAGCUUUUUGGUGUAAGGAAAACCCCGCACUCUGCCCAGGAGUGUUUUUUUCGGAGGCGAGAACGCGGCAUUUCAGGCAAUGCGGUCGGGCAGGGACCGCGAGACGGAGCCGGUGCCUGGAGUCAGGCGAAGAGCAGGUAGCUGCCCACCACAUGGGCGAGGGCCGCCAGCAGGCCCUGCUCUGAACAGUGCCACUCGAAGCGCCAUUCGCAGUGGCUUGAUGGCCGCCGGGUCCCAGUUCCGUGGAUCUGACCUGGGUCUCGGAGCAUGGCCUUACUUGGCAGCGGGCCUUGGCAGCAACAUCACGGCCCGAAUCGUCAGCACAGAUCGGGGCAACCUGGACUUGAGCAAUCGUCCUGCUGGAGUCCCGGGGACCCUGCAGCUCACGGUCUUGGUCCCCGUGUUGCUGAACACCCCGAGACGAACGCAGGAGGAUGUGGCAGGAAUUGGGACCACCUGGACACUCGGAGAUGCCGAGGUCACAGUGCAGCCUGCCAUUCUCUCCAAGCUCAAGUUAGCGGAAGAAGAGGAGCUAGACGAAGAUGAUCAGCACUGCGAGGAAGCCGUAUCUUCCUCCAGUGGCCUUUGCGAUAGCUGCGGCAUAUGCCUGCAGCCGUUUCAACCAGGUGACAACCUCACCGCCCUGCCCUGUGCCACCGACAUUUGUCCCUCUGUGUGGCACGCAGAGUGCGUCCGCAAGUGGCUGUGCCAAGGGCAUACGCCGACUUGCCCGCUCUGUCGUGCAGCAAUGGAUCUGGGUGAUUCAGGUGCGCAGGCUGGCCCUUCCUUCGCUCUGGAGGUGAGGGCCGCCCUGCCGCUCUCGGCCACAUCAGGCCUGCAGGCUGCAUUCUCCUCAGGCCGCGGUACCUCGAACCAACUCUUGCAGCAGCUUGGGCAGGUGAUCAUCCAGGACAUUCUGCUCCUCACCCUGUCGCAGCACACAGGGGGCACUGCGAACCUCGGCUCGCCAUCCCCGCACCUAGCGAGCUCUGGGCUUCUGAAUGGAGCCACUGGGGAUGCGUCCACAGCCCUGGCAGACCUUGGAGGCCUGCUACUGCGGACCCUCACCACCAACGGCACCCUGCCGGUGACUCUUAGCGCCGUAGAGACCUGGGGCCCAGGCCCGAACCAGGAUAGCCCAAGGCAUGCGAUGCGGCCUGAAGCGGUCUGGAAGGGCCGGGGUCGAGGAGGCCGAGGCGGCAAAGGCCGAGGUGGCAAAGGUGGCAAGGCCGAGCCGCGAGGCGCAUCCUGGCGCCGCGGCAAUUGGAAUUCGCACGAUGAGGAAGCUUCAUCUUCCGCAAGUUGGCACUCAAGACCGAGGCAGGUCUGGGUGCCAGUCAACUCCAGCAGACAAGGGCAGGGUAAAGGCAGUGGAAAAGGGGCUUCCAAUGCCUCCGGCUCCAAUGCCAACGAUUCACGAGGACGCUGGUCCUCCUCUAGCUGGAACUCUUGGAACGGGUGGAACCACUGGGAUGGCGGAACCUCGCGCUAGGAAUGCUGCACCAGUGCAGGAUCAGCGCAAGCUGAGCAGCGCGCUUUCCCGUGCUCCAAGUUUAAAGGGCGUGAAUUCAGGUUUCACCAGGCACAUUGAAGACAUGCCUGUCCGCCCUGCGCGCCUUGGCGCGCGGGCAUUUGUGGCUGGGACGGGCCUGCGGGGCUCGAGUCUCGAAGAAGCCACAGGCUUAGCUCCCGACUCGGGAUGCCUCGAGUCGUUUUUUUUCCCCGCAGCGGUUGAGCGGGUGGGCGGGCUUUCGGAGCAGCGCCGAGCCCUGCGUCUCAUGGAACUUCAGGAUUUGUGGAAGUCGAGCGGUUGGUUU